AGUUCAACUUUUCGGACCGGACUAAUCGCCAGAUAACCGCUAUAAACUACAAAAAGCUAUUAUACAUAUUUACAAGGAUAAAUGAAACGUUACAAAUGCAAAAGUGAUUUGUUGAAAAGCACGUAGAAGACAAAGUUAAUGUGUCAGUGAAAAUUCAAGUGAGGUUCAUUAUGAUUGUAGACUACAAGAGUAAUAAAAAUAAGUAUAUGUUUGGAAUUAUUUACACAUUUUUGUAUGUGGCUGUAUUUAUUUAUGAUGUGUUCACUUUCCCAUUAUAUUUUUUAUUACAAAACCCUAUCAAAAGAUUUUAUCUUUCCACUAUAGAAAGGGCAAAAAUUAUAGAUAAGGGAGAUAAAUAUCUUACUUAUAAAACAACAAAAAAGCCUUAUCCAACUCAUUAUGAGCUUGAUAGGGAGAAUAUCGAUACAAUGGCAAAAUUACUCGAAUAUGCCAGUAAGAAACAUAAUAAUAAACCCUGUUUGGGAACAAGAGUGACAUUAAGAGAAGAAGAUGAAAAACAACUCGAUGGUAGAGUUUUCAAAAAGUAUGAUUUAGGCAACUACAAAUGGUUAUCUUUCACAGAAGUCGAUUCCUUAGCAUCGCUUUUCGGAAAAGGUUUGAGAGAAUUGGGAGUAAAAUCUACGAAAAACAUCGCGAUCUUGGCCGAAACUCAAGCGAAAUGGAUGAUAGCCGUACACGGUGCAUUUAAACAAAACAUUCCUCUUGUAACAAUUUAUGCUACAUUAGGAACCGAUGGUAUUGCUCAUGCUAUUAACGAAACUGAAGUUCAAGUCGUAAUUACAAGUUUUGAUUUGAUGGCUAAAUUUAAGAAUAUCCUACCACUAACUCCAAAAGUAAAGACGAUUGUUUAUAUGGAGGAUCAGUUGAGGAAUUUGAAUAAAGAAGAUUGGACUGAAUAUUUGGCAAUUGGUUUGCAGAUUAUAUCUUUUAACUCAGUAACGGAGCUAGGAACUACCAGUGAUGUUGAGACAAUUCAAGCUACUCCUGAUGACAUCGCCAUAAUAAUGUACACAAGUGGUUCAACGGGAGUUCCUAAAGGCGUUCAGCUCACCCACAGAAACAUGAUUGCAUCUGUUAAAGCCUUCACCGACUCUACCAAAAUGUAUCCGAAUGAAGUGAUAAUGGGUUAUUUGCCACUUGCCCAUGUGUUUGAACUUUUAGUGGAGAGUGGUUGUAUUUUUAUGGGUUUAAAAAUUGGUUAUUCGAGUGCUCUUACUAUGAUAGAUGGUUCAAGUAAAAUUAAAAGAGGAAGUAAAGGAGAUGCAUCAAUUUUGCAACCAACAUUUAUGACCAGUGUACCAUUAAUAUUAGAUCGGAUAGCUAAAGCAAUUCGAGAAAAAGUCCGCCAGGGUAGUACGGUGCAAAAAGUAUUUUUUAAUUUUGGAUAUAAAUAUAAGAUCAAAUGGACAAAACGAGGUUUUUCAACGCCUAUAACAGACAGAAUAAUUUUUAAGGCUACGAGAAACAUAAUUGGAGGUAAAUUGAGGUUAAUAGCUGCAGGAGGAGCUCCUUUAACACCAGAAACUCACGAAUUAAUAAAAACUUGUUUAUGUGUAGAUUUGAUCCAAGGAUAUGGAUUGACCGAAACCACAGCUUGUGGAACCAACCAAGAUAAUUAUGAUAUAAGAUAUGGUCGUGUGGGUCCUCCCAUGACAACAGCUCUUGUGCGGUUAACUAAUUGGGAUGAAGGUGGUUAUUACGUAACCGAUAAACCAAAUCCGAGAGGAGAGAUUUUAUUAGGUGGAGAUAUUGUGAGUAAGGGUUACUACAAAAAUUUUGAAAAAACCAAUGAAGAUUUCUUUGAAGAAAAUGGUGUUAGAUGGUUUAGAACUGGAGAUAUUGGGGAAUUCGAUUCAGACGGAUCUUUAAGAAUUAUAGAUCGGAAAAAAGACUUAGUCAAAUUACAAUCUGGAGAGUAUUUAUCAUUAGGAAAAAUCGAAUCGCAAUUAACAACUUGUUCUAUUAUCGAUUGUGUUUGCAUUCUUGCAGAACCAACAAAAUCAUUUUGCGUAGCUUUAGUAGUAGCUAAUCAAGAAAGAUUAUUAAAUUUAGCUACCAGAAAAUUUAAUUUAAAUAAGACGUUUGAGGAACUUUGCGACGAUCAGAAUAUAACUAAAGAUAUUUUAGUCCAAAUUAAAAAACAUGCUAAAAAUGUGAUGCUAGAAAAAUUCGAAAUACCAGAAAGGAUCACAUUAGUAAAAGAAGUUUGGACACCAGAUAGUGGAUUAGUUACAGCCACCUUGAAAUUAAAAAGAAAAGCCAUUGAACAAUAUUACAGUGAGACAAUCAAAAAAAUGUAUGCUUAGAGUGAAUUUAUAUUUUUUUUCAAAUGAAAAUAAAAAGAUGUAGAAACUAUUCAUGAAAUUUAAGUUAAUACAAUGGUCAUUCCAUAUCAAAUCAACACGGGGUAUAAACUCGACCCCCUCAGAAUGUAACGAAAUUUGGUAUGAAGGUUGUCCUCAUAGAGAUAGAGAAAAAUUUUUUUUUCAAAUAUCUCAAACGGUUUAAAAAUUGGGGCCAUGAAGUUCCCAAAAUCCACCAAAAAAAACGUAACAGACAAUUUGGAAUCACCAUAUCUAUAAAGAUAGGAGUGAUGUCAUUUCACUCAGUUCCAAAUGCUCUUUCUUUUGAUAUAUAACUCCACAUACCUUAUUAUAAAAAGUGUUUUUGGAAAAUCACCACUGUGAUUGUGUGUCAUAAUGGAGAUAAAACAAAUCGGGAAACAAACCUGUUAAGAAAGUCUGUACAAAAAACUUAUGAAAAAGGAAUAACUCACUUCCUACUACGUGGACAGAAAAAAAUUGAAUGUGUCAAAAAAUAGGGGGAAAGUGUCCCAUAGAAAUACUGUUAAUAGUCAAUAUAUUCACAAAGUUUUUGUAUAAUUUGGAAUAUCAUUUACCAAUUACUGGAGGGCAGUAUCAAAUCCCAGGUUUCAAUGACGGUUGACUUUAUUUCUGCUUCAGAUUGAAACUGUCUAAUACUGGUAUAUACAACCCCUAUUAAAGAUAUCCACACAUUAUCUUGGGAAUUGAGGUCAAGAGAAGUGUUAGUUAAAAGUUUACUAACACAAAUAUUAGUAAUGACAUGAAGAGUCAAUGACGACUUCCAAUCAUACAACUUAUGUUUAAUUCCAUCUGGCAAUCAUAAAUAAAUGAAAAAAAGUGGUUCUCAGCACGAUCCUCAAAUUAAAAGUAUGCGGCAUUGUGGUAAAUAUAUAUAAUAAAAUCAUACAAUCUUUGAUACAAAAUUCACUUGGGGUCCAAUUUGCAAAAAAAGGGACAUUUAAGAACCUAAAAUAAAAAAGACACUUUAGCGACCUUGCAAUGACAAAUCAUUAUAGAACUAGCUCCCUGUAAGAAGACCAUUGAUAAGUUGUAUCUCAAUUUUGGUGUGAUCCAAAUACAGUAUCAAAUUUUCGAAGAAACUGGAGCGAUUAAAAUCAUAAAGGCAACAUUUGAGUACAUCUGUUUUCUUUAAUGCACAAUUUUGUAUCUUAGAAAACAAACUUUUGAAUAAUAAAAUAUAUCACUUUAUUAAAUAUAAAUCUUAUUUAUUAUAUACCCUAAUUCUAUAUGUUUAUGGAAAAACAACAGAAUGUACAUUGUUGUAGAUUAAUUUUGUAUGAAUGCAUUUUUUGCUCUAUUUCAAUUUUCCAGAAAUAACAGAAAAUAAUAAUGUGUAAUUCUAUAAUAAAUAGAAAUUGUAACAACUACACAAAAGUAUGUAAAUGUUUCAUAAUAAAAUUUUACAAAGUC